AUGGGGUCUGCUGGCGAUGCCUGUCUGCCCAUCUGUCUGUCCAUCGUCUCCAUCGGCUGUCUAUCAAGGCCGGCUGUCUGCAGGCUGUAUGUAAGUCUAUCAAUCGACCCCAUCGCCAUCCAUGUCCUUGUCGGGUCCCCCCCUGGGGCGCCCAUCCUGGGCCCGGUCGAUAAGGAUGUCUUAGAAGCCGAAGCAGAAGAAGCAGUUGGCUACACAGCCUCCUCAGCGCUCGAGAGGUGGAAAGCAGAUAAGCAGAAGAAGAAGAAGCAGAAGAAGAAGCAAAUAAAAGGAGCUUCUCCAUCUCGUCGUCUUCACUUCGUCGUCUCCAUCUCCAUCUCCAUCUUCAUCUUUAUCAUCUUCUUCUUAUAUAUUUUAUAUCUUCUUCUUCUUCUCUUUUUGGCUGCUUCACUUUCUGCCCCUCCAAGCGCCGUCACCGCCCUCGCCCGCCUCGCCAACUUCGACUUUUCGACUUUCAACUUCAUCUUUCAACUUCAACAACGACAACGACAGCAACAUCGACAGCAAACUACAACUACAGCAGCUUCAAUAGAGAUAGAGAGAGAGAGACCCUUCUACUUCUUCUACUUCUUCUCUGCAAUUGACGUCGCUCGCUCAUCACCAUGUGGUAGGUCCCGCUCCUACAGCUUCUCUCCCACUCUGGGACUCUGGGACCACCAGCUAACGCCCUCGCUCGACAGUGGAAUCUUCGGUUAUAUCAACUAUCUGGUCGAGAAGGACCGUGGAUACAUCAUCCAGACCAUCAUCAAUGAGUACCGUGGCUACGACUCGGCCGGCAUAGCAGUCGACGGCGACAAGAAGAACGAGGUCUUCGCCUUCAAGGAGGUCGGCAAGGUGGCCAAGCUCAAGGAGCUCAUCGAUGCCUCCAAGCCUGACCUCUCCAAGACAUUUGAGUCUCACGUCGGAAUCGCCCACACCAGAUGGGCCACCCACGGCUCCCCUUCCAAGCUCAACUGCCACCCCCAUAGGUCUGACCCCAACUGGGAGUUCUCCAUCGUGCACAAUGGAAUCAUCACCAACUACAAGGAACUCAAGGCCCUGCUCGAGUCCAAGGGCUUCCGCUUCGAGACCGAGACCGACACCGAGUGCAUUGCCAAACUCGCAAAGUACCUCUAUGACCUGCACCCAGACAUCGACUUCACCGUCCUGGCCAAGGCCGUCGUCAAGGAGCUCGAGGGCGCCUUUGGCCUGCUCAUGAAGUCCGUCCACUACCCACACGAGGUCAUUGCGGCCCGCAAGGGUUCCCCCUUGGUCAUCGGUGUCCGUACCGAGAAGAAGAUGAAGGUCGACUUUGUCGAUGUCGAGUACUCCGAAGAGGGCACUGCUCUGCCUGCUGAGGCUGCCUCGCAGAAUGCUGCCCUCAAGAAGUCGGCCACCAGCCUGCUUGCCCCGCCAGACAAGAGCCUGCUUCACCGCUCCCAGUCCCGGGCCUUCCUGUCAGACGACGGUGUGCCCCAGCCAGCAGAGUUCUUCCUCUCCUCUGACCCUUCGGCCAUUGUAGAGCACACCAAGAAGGUCCUCUACCUCGAGGACGACGACAUUGCUCACAUCCACGAGGGCCAGCUCAACAUCCACCGUCUCAACAAGAACGAUGGCACCUCCAACGUCCGUGCCAUCCAGACCAUCGAGCUCGAGCUCCAGGAGAUCAUGAAGGGCAAGUUCGACCACUUCAUGCAAAAGGAGAUCUUCGAGCAGCCCGAGUCCGUCGUCAACACCAUGCGUGGACGUCUCGAUGCCGAGAACUGCAAAGUCACCCUCGGUGGCCUGCGUCAGUACAUCUCCACCAUCCGCCGCUGCCGUCGUAUCAUCUUCAUUGCCUGCGGAACUUCUUACCACUCCUGCAUGGCCGUCCGCGGUGUCUUCGAGGAGCUGACCGAGAUCCCCAUCUCCGUCGAGCUGGCCUCUGACUUCCUCGACCGCGAGGCCCCCGUCUUCCGUGACGACACCUGCGUCUUCGUCUCCCAGUCCGGUGAGACCGCUGACUCGCUCAAUGCCCUCCGCUACUGUCUCGAGCGCGGUGCCUUGACCGUCGGCUUCGUCAACGUCGUCGGCUCUUCCAUCUCCCUGCUCACCCACUGCGGUGUCCACAUCAACGCCGGCCCGGAGAUCGGUGUCGCCUCCACCAAGGCCUACACCUCUCAAUUCGUCGCCAUGGUCAUGUUCGCCCUCUCCCUCAGCGAAGACCGUGCCUCCAAGAGACAGCGCCGCGAGGAGAUCAUCAAGGGUCUUGGCCUUGUCUCCGACCAGUUCCGCGAGAUCCUCAAGCUGAGCGAGCCCAUCAAGGAGAUGUGUGCCAAAUUCUUCAAGAACCAAAAGUCCCUCCUCCUCCUUGGCCGUGGAAGCCAGCACGCUACCGCUCUCGAGGGUGCCCUCAAGAUCAAGGAAAUCUCCUACCUGCACUGCGAAGCCGUCAUGUCCGGCGAGCUCAAGCACGGUGUUCUCGCCCUCGUCGACGAGAACCUGCCAAUCAUCAUGAUCUUGACCAGAGACAACCUCUUCGCCAAGUCUCUCAACGCCUACCAGCAGGUCAUUGCUCGUGCCGGUCGCCCUAUCGUCAUCUGCAACCCUGACGACGAGGAAUUCCCUGCCUCCGAGACAGAACGCAUCGAGAUCCCCCGCACCGUCGACUGUCUUCAGGGUCUGCUCAACGUUAUCCCUCUGCAGCUCAUCGCCUACUGGCUUGCUGUCGGCGAGGGUCUCAACGUUGACUUCCCACGUAACUUGGCCAAGUCAGUUACCGUUGAGUAA